AUGAAGACCACUCGGAGACAAGAGCGACAAUUACGGGACCGUAUUGCACGGAUUCUUCCCGAUUACGAAGAUGAACUUGUUCCUGUCAGCCUCUCCUUGAAAGUCACGAAAAAGGAAUGUGAGAAGCUGGUGGCUUCAAUCUUGUCAGAAUCUACCAGCCCAUUCCUAAGCCUCGAAACAAACGAUUUCCGUAGCGGUCCCGAUGCCACAUCCAAAGAAACCUUCCGCAUGGCCUUGAUGAAAACCCUUCGUCCGGGUUGGCGCGAUACAGCCACCGAGGCUAGGUUCAUAAGACUAGCAAAUAUCUUGAAGCAGGAGGGGUGCGCCGCCUUUGCCGGGUUGGUUGACGCUGCCUCUUUUCGCCAUCUUGUCGAUGACUUCUCCAGUCUCAUGAACGAUGCUGGAACACAUGCCUUUCUGCACUCCUUCGCCAACCUAAUUGCCUAUCCUCGAUUCAUCAACAACCCGGCAUACAAUGACGCUCUAAUACAUCCACUCCUUAUUGCGAUGAUGUCCUAUGUUAUGGGUGGCCCUGUCAGAAUGACAGAUGCGCGUGGCAAAGACACUCCGCCCUUGUCGGUAAAUGCGCAAGACAAUAUGCUCCACGUCGAUAACACUCCAUUUCGAGAAGAAUACAAGAUUCUCCUUGGCUGGGAGAAAGGGGAAGUCAAAGGUCCGACUGGUCAGAACUUUACUUUCCUGCCUGGUACUCAUUUGGGGACCCGUUCGAUACGGACAGACAAGAGGUCUCAGCCUUGGUCUACUGAGAAUGACAGCCUUUUCAUCACAGAAAAGAGCGUUGAUGAGGUUCUCAGUUUCCAAAAGGACAUCAUCGGUUGCCCCCCUAGAGUGGUGGAAGUUGAAUAUCCCCAGCAGCCCAUCACCGUGCUUUUCAAUGCGGGCUCUUUGGUCCAUCAUCGUUAUCGCAACAACGACGGCACCACGCGCAGCUGCGUUAUUACCGCUUUUCAUCUUGCAUCAGAUCACCCUGGUGCCCUGAUAGCCUCCAGUAUCGACGGUCAGCCUAAGACACUAGCGGGCAUCCUCAUGGGACAUCAGAGCGAAAGCAACGCUGGAAUCUUUUGUUCCCUGUUGGGCUCCAAGGCUUUGCUUAUUGAGUCCAAGAUCCAGGACAUCCUCAACGAAACUCACCAUUCCACUAUGAUAGAAACAACUGGAAUGGAGUUAUCUGGAGAGAAGCUGGAACGCUGGAGGGAGACAGUUAUCCACGCGCCCUCCGCCACCCAAGUCAAGUUCAAAAGGGGAUAUUACAUCACGCUAGCCGACAGAUUCAUCUCGCGGAAGCUCUUGAAGAGUAAGCUCGCGGAUGCCAUGGCAUACGAUAAACACGGCCUCCUUGACCUCAUAAUCUACCGCGACGGCCACGAGGAGAUCCGCAAGCCGGCGCGCAAGAGUGUUUGGACGAUGCCAAGGGAAGGUAUCAUGCAUGUGCUUACCCUUUGGCUUCCGGUCGUAGAAAGCCACCGAUUCACCACGGCAGACGUCGAGAACCCCCGGGUUUUGCAAAAAGAGGCCUAUCAGAUUGCGCGCCUCAUCCGUGAAUCCUUUCCGAGCAUCAAUUUUGCCAGGGAGAGCACGGCCGGUAAGGAACAGCAAUUGUCCUCGGCACAACAGCUCAUCGUAGACUUAGGGGAGUCUAUCACACGGUGUGAACAGCUGGAGACAUAUAUCACCACCAACCUCUUCCUCUUCCUCAUCAUCAACCAAACUCUGCCUAUCUUGGACUUGACUCUGAGGCAAGAGGGUAUUGUGGCUUGUGGUAUAUUUUUGAGAGCUUACAUAGCGUCUGUAUUGCUGGCUGAGAGCAUUGAAAACGACGCGAUUUCUGUAGGGGCUGUCUAG